AUGAGGGCAUGCAGCGCCUUUGAGUCGACUCAAGAGCUGAGGACAGUGAUGAGGGCAUGCAGCGCCUUUGAGUCGACUCAAGAGCUGAGGACAGUGAUGAGGGCAUGCAGCGCCUUUGAGUCGACUCAAGAGCUGAGGACAGUGAUGAGGGCAUGCAGCGCCUUUGAGUCGACUCAAGAGCUGAGGACAGUGAUGAGGGCAUGCAGCGCCUUUGAGUCGACUCAAGAGCUGAGGACAGUGAUGAGGGCAUGCAGCGCCUUUGAGUCGACUCAAGAGCUGAGGGCAUGCAGCGCCUUUGAGUCGACUCAAGAGCUGAGGACAGUGAUGAGGGCAUGCAGCGCCUUUGAGUCGACUCAAGAGCUGAGGACAGUGAUGAGGGCAUGCAGCGCCUUUGAGUCGACUCAAGAGCUGAGGACAGUGAUGAGGGCAUGCAGCGCCUUUGAGUCGACUCAAGAGCUGAGGACAGUGAUGAGGGCAUGCAGCGCCUUUGAGUCGACUCAAGAGCUGAGGACAGUGAUGAGGGCAUGCAGCGCCUUUGAGUCGACUCAAGAGCUGAGGACAGUGAUGAGGGCAUGCAGCGCCUUUGAGUCGACUCAAGAGCUGAGGACAGUGAUGAGGGCAUGCAGCGCCUUUGAGUCGACUCAAGAGCUGAGGACAGUGAUGAGGGCAUGCAGCGCCUUUGAGUCGACUCAAGAGCUGAGGACAGUGAUGAGGGCAUGCAGCGCCUUUGAGUCGACUCAAGAGCUGAGGACAGUGAUGAGGGCAUGCAGCGCCUUUGAGUCGACUCAAGAGCUGAGGACAGUGAUGAGGGCAUGCAGCGCCUUUGAGUCGACUCAAGAGCUGAGGACAGUGAUGAGGGCAUGCAGCGCCUUUGAGUCGACUCAAGAGCUGAGGACAGUGAUGAGGGCAUGCAGCGCCUUUGAGUCGACUCAAGAGCUGAGGACAGUGAUGAGGGCAUGCAGCGCCUUUGAGUCGACUCAAGAGCUGAGGACAGUGAUGAGGGCAUGCAGCGCCUUUGAGUCGACUCAAGAGCUGAGGACAGUGAUGAGGGCAUGCAGCGCCUUUGAGUCGACUCAAGAGCUGAGGACAGUGAUGAGGGCAUGCAGCGCCUUUGAGUCGACUCAAGAGCUGAGGACAGUGAUGAGGGCAUGCAGCGCCUUUGAGUCGACUCAAGAGCUGAGGACAGUGAUGAGGGCAUGCAGCGCCUUUGAGUCGACUCAAGAGCUGAGGACAGUGAUGAGGGCAUGCAGCGCCUUUGAGUCGACUCAAGAGCUGAGGACAGUGAUGAGGGCAUGCAGCGCCUUUGAGUCGACUCAAGAGCUGAGGACAGUGAUGAGGGCAUGCAGCGCCUUUGAGUCGACUCAAGAGCUGAGGACAGUGAUGAGGGCAUGCAGCGCCUUUGAGUCGGCUCAAGAGCUGAGGACAGUGAUGAGGGCAUGCAGCGCCUUUGAGUCGACUCAAGAGCUGAGGACAGUGAUGAGGGCAUGCAGCGCCUUUGAGUCGACUCAAGAGCUGAGGACAGUGAUGAGGGCAUGCAGCGCCUUUGAGUCGACUCAAGAGCUGAGGACAGUGAUGAGGGCAUGCAGCGCCUUUGAGUCGACUCAAGAGCUGAGGACAGUGAUGAGGGCAUGCAGCGCCUUUGAGUCGACUCAAGAGCUGAGGACAGUGAUGAGGGCAUGCAGCGCCUUUGAGUCGACUCAAGAGCUGAGGACAGUGAUGAGGGCAUGCAGCGCCUUUGAGUCGGCUCAAGAGCUGAGGACAGUGAUGAGGGCAUGCAGCGCCUUUGAGUCGACUCAAGAGCUGAGGACAGUGAUGAGGGCAUGCAGCGCCUUUGAGUCGACUCAAGAGCUGAGGACAGUGAUGAGGGCAUGCAGCGCCUUUGAGUCGACUCAAGAGCUGAGGACAGUGAUGAGGGCAUGCAGCGCCUUUGAGUCGACUCAAGAGCUGAGGACAGUGAUGAGGGCAUGCAGCGCCUUUGAGUCGACUCAAGAGCUGAGGGCAUGCAGCGCCUUUGAGUCGACUCAAGAGCUGAGGACAGUGAUGAGGGCAUGCAGCGCCUUUGAGUCGACUCAAGAGCUGAGGACAGUGAUGAGGGCAUGCAGCGCCUUUGAGUCGACUCAAGAGCUGAGGACAGUGAUGAGGGCAUGCAGCGUACUGCUGCUGCACGCAGGCAUGCAGGGCACUGCUGCUGCAUGCAGGCGCGUCCGCCACCACCACCGCUAUGGCGCACACACCACCACUGCAGCCAGCUACGCUACCCCCGCUGCCAGCACUGGUGUGAGCCUGGUGCCAUGCGGAGAGGGCCGCCAUGUCAGGGACCUGGGGCACACGGGCAGCAUGGGGAAGGAGUCGCUCAAGAUGUGCACAGGAAGGCAGGCUUUAAGAUGA